CUACUUACAACUCAGUACACUCAACCACCUAUAACCUUAAGUUUGCUUCAACGACAUUGGGGGAUAUGCCCUCUUUUCAGACUCCUCUGACUACAGGAAAGCGCAAAUCCGACUCCGGCAAUGAGAAUGUCCAACCUUUCAGUUCCAACAAUGCGAAACGACUUCGCCUUGAAAGUCGACCGGAAUCUAACGCAGACGAUGGCUAUUGGGUAGUUCAAUGGCGGAAUCAUCAAGCUAAAAAACACAAGACAUGGGAAGGAGAUGGUGUACUUGUAGUAUCGAGCAAUGGUUCAAGAGCCACUUUGUAUGAUUCUACUGACGGGAGACAAAUCGGUAGCGGGAAAACUGAGAUGCCCUUGUUCGACGAAAAAGUCAUCAACGUUGGUGGCAAAGAUGUUGGACUUGACCGAAAGAUCACAAAGCAAGAGUACCUUUCUGGGAUAUGCUUUGGCUCGAACUCAGCACUCAUUAGCCAAUCGACGCAAGAUUCUGUCAAGCAAACGGCUGGAAAAGUUUUCAAACCUCCGGCCAUGCGUAAACCCAGCCUCAAUACUGAAUCAGCAAAUGAAUCGCCUAUAAAGCUCACCUCGCAUCCCCUUCCCCGUGUGUCUUCUUUGCAAAGGCUGUCUCCUUCUAACGAGAGCGAAGAUCGAAGCGAGACUCAAACAACAUCAUCCUCAGGCCCAUUGUUUUGGGCCGUAAAUUGGCGUAAAACACAGUCAAGCAGUAAAAAGCAGGUCACCUGGGAAGGAGACGCGUUCAUUUCUUGUAUCAAUCAGAAGAUAAGCAUGUUAUCAGAGGAAGGCAAAUUAAUUGGCGCAUCUGUUUGCAAAAACCAUCAACACCAAUCUGGAGAUCGUUGCUUUGUGGGCGGAAAAGAGCUUGUACUAUUGAACGAAGUUUCUGCCGAAGCUUUGCCAUUUACGAACAAAUAUGCCCCGGUAGAGAACGAACCUGCGCCUGCUCCGUCUUCCCCCGCUCUUCCACCUCUAAAUCGGUGUGUUCCUACUGCGUCAUUCUAUGCAGUGCCUCCUCGUCUGAAAAAGCCUAUCGGUCCCUUGCAUGACCCCGACGCUGAAGAUGCAGUUAUCAUGAAGGCACCUACCAAAGAGCAUAUGGAGCGCUAUAACAAGAAACAACGACCGGUUGUGCCAGUUGUCCUAGAUCCCAUCCUUGCUCGACGUUUGCGGCCCCACCAGCGAGAGGGUGUUAAAUUCAUGUAUGAGUGCGUCAUGGGUCUUCGGAAACAUGAAGGUCAAGGAUGUAUCCUUGCGGAUGAAAUGGGUCUUGGGAAGACACUGCAAACAAUCACCUUAGUUUGGACUUUGCUUCGGCAAAAUGCAUACGCCGGCGCAGGGCCCGCAAUCAGUAAAGUCCUCAUUGUCUGUCCUGUCACUUUAAUCAACAAUUGGAAAGCCGAAUUCCAUAAAUGGCUAGGUCGGGACCGUGUCGGUGUGAGCAUAUGCGACAGGAAUACAGACACUGUAAAAACAUUUGCCAGCUCGCCACGGCAGCAAGUCUUGAUAGUGGGUUAUGAGAGACUCCGGACUAUAAUGAAGGAGAUUGCGACGUGCGGAGUUGGCCUGGUUGUUUGUGACGAAGGGCAUAGACUCAAGUCUUCGAAGGCUAAAACAUCGGUUAUAUUCAAACAACUUAGUACUCUUCGCCGAAUAAUCCUAUCCGGCACCCCAAUACAAAAUGACCUCGGCGAAUUUCAUUCCAUGGUGGAUUUUUGCAAUCCGGGAUUAUUAGACGAAUAUUCCGCGUUUCGUAGGCUAUAUGAGGUGCCGAUCAUGAAAAGCCGUGCUCCUGGAUGCACAACGAAAGAGUUGGAACUAGGUGAGAAGCGCUCUGCUCAGCUCUCUAACAUAGCAAAGAGCUUUGUUCUUCGCCGUGAAGCGUCCAUAUUGGGCAAUUACCUACCCCCGAAGCAUGAAUAUGUUGUGUUCGUGACGCCUACCGAACUGCAACUGUCGAUAUAUGCCAAGGUGCUCGACCCGAACAAAGUCGACGAUUUCGUAGAAUCCAACUCCACCGCUGAGUCACUAGCCUUGAUAAAUAUCCUCACGAAGAUUAGCAGCAGUCCCAUCCUCUUGAAAGCAACAAUGGAUAAAGAACAAUCUAAACCCAAGAGUGAAGGACUGAGACAUAACAAUAUUCAGGAGGCUCUUAAGUUGUUGCCCUCGAGCUGUGAGAUCGAGGACCUAACUCUGAGUGGAAAAAUGAUUGCCGUAUCCAAAUUACUGGCCUUUGUAAAACAGGAAAGCGAAGAAAAAUGUGUGCUUGUCUCCCACUACACAUCGACGCUCAAUAUAUUGGAAAGUUUCUGCAAAAAAAAGAACUACAGCUACUUUCGCUUGGACGGACAAACACCUGCUGCGAAACGGCAAGAAUACGUGACAACGUUCAACAAGACAAAUCAAAGAACGAGCUUCAUAUUCCUUCUCAGUUCGAAAGCUGGAGGAACUGGAAUCAACCUCAUCGGGGCUUCCCGGUUAUGCCUCAUCGAUUCUGACUGGAACCCGAGCCAUGAUCUGCAAGCUAUGGCUCGUUGUCAUCGCGACGGGCAAAAACGACCUGUAUUUAUUUACCGAUUCUUAACCGCUGGAACUAUAGACGAAAAAAUCUACCAACGUCAGAUUAUCAAACUUGGUCUCAGUAACGCACUCAUGGGUUCAGAUAACAGUAAAGCCAAAUCGAAAGCCGAUUCCUUCACUCGAAAAGAUUUGCGUGACAUCUUCCGAGUGCAUCCGCAUACGUCCAGUAACACACAUGAUCUACUGGAAUGUAUUUGCGAAAAUGAAGAUGGCUUGGAGGACGACAACUUGGAUGAUGACGUGAAUGUCAUUCAAUCGGAAUGUCCAAAGGGCUUCAUGGCGGCAUCACAAGUCAAUUCACAUCGGGAGAUCCACGAGAUCGACACGGAGUACCUUGAAAGGAAGAGAACCAGUCUCGCUUCACUAGAGGAGUGGAAACAUAUCAACUGCUUGAAACAAGACGCCUUUAAGGAGGUUGAAGAUGAUUUGCUUCGCCGAAUGCUGUACGUCAGACCCAAGAAAGAAUUGGUGACUCAUACCGGGACGGUCACCGAGCAGAUAUUGCAUUCCGUCGACCUAGAGAACUUGGGCGAGAUGGAACCUCUCACGGCUCGUACAGUGCCAGGAGGGACAGUCUCUUUUUUGUUCGAACGCAGCUCUGUUGAGGCUGGUGAAGCUACGUCGGAAGAAGAAUAAGGCGGGAGGAUAGCUGAUAUAUGGGCAAGUUAUGAAUGAAUAAAGAGAUCGUUCUCUUCGUGCGUACGAAAGACAAAAGAAUCAAUUAAGAACAUUCAAUAACAUGACAAUGGUAUACUACGAGAAUCAAACGGGAUCUCUCAGACGCAGCGCGACUGAAAACCCCCUUCAAUCACCG